UGUUAAUAUUUAUCAAAUCUGAAUUCAUAUUAUGUUCAAUUUUGUCUUAAUAUAGCAUACUCGAUGUACCUUUAUUUAUUUUCUUAAGAGAAACUAGUAGGUAUUUAAAAAAAUAUAUAUUCAGGUAAGCGAAACUACAAUGUUUGACGAAAGUUCAAAUAUAUCCGCCAAGACUUGGAAAAGAACUGUUGAAAGUAUUAACAAGGUAGGAUAUUCUGAUGGUGUUACAAAUGGACAAUCCUCUUCAUUCCAGUCUAGUUUUGACAUGGGAUAUGCACAAGGUCUAAGGUUCGGAUUAGAGAUUGGAUAUAAAGCCUCUAACAACAACCAAGCAUUUGAGACACAAUCAAGGGAUCCACGUAAAAUAAACUGCCAGAUCUGCUUAAAUAGAGGUGCAUUAACAGACAAUGUGGUUAAUUUAUAUAAUACACAAAAGGAGAAAAAUGAAGAGUAUUUUAAGAAGUAGGACACAUAUUUAAUUAUAACAAAUAAUUUACUAAAGUUACAAAUAUUGAUAAAAGAAAUUGCAUAUAAACAAUCACUUACAAAUAAUUAUUUUUCUUAAUAAUUUCUAAAUACAAUUUUUUUAUAUUC